AUGACCGCAAUACAUACUACCUCUUUACCUUCUCAAUCAGAUUCAAUGACAGACCAACGUCAAGCUCAGAUGGGCCAAAGCUCCUCCAUGUUGAAAACUCUAGACAAUGCGCCCGAAUUCCAUAAUUUUGACACCGCUCGUCAACGCAACAAGGUCCCGCGUCCCCAGAAAAAUGUUGAUCGUCGAUGGCAGCCGUACCCGAUUCGGGGAACGCAAGACUUUCGCCAGCAUGAGUCUGAGCUUCAUGCCCAGCUUCUGCCUCAGCCACGUUUCCAAGCAUACUCUCCGGACUUGUAUAUCAAUCAAAACUUUGUUCAGCCUGGACUGGCUCCCAAGGCAGACUAUGAAAUGUCUUCCACGUUCGGUGCUGGUGGUAUACAAUAUGGUCAAUCUAUGCAGAUGACGGCGGGGCCUGCAAGUGUUGCUCCCCCACCUAACACUUAUUCCCAUCAGCCGUGUAUGCAAGCGCAACUGCUCGCACUCUCAGAGGGGGUGAACCAUCGACCGGCUUUGCACUCACUGAAAGACCUUCAGGCGCCGAUCAUGCAGCAGUACUCCCCUACCUCCUCCGUGGUGCAAUCUCAAAUGCAAGCAACCAGUUGCAACCAACGUUUCGACCAGGGAGUUGUAUACCAAGCAUCAUCUGAAUGCGCAGCUGAAGGGAGCUCGGUGCAGCGUAUCAAGCGCAAGUCAGUGGACAGUGAUGGGGCGGUACGAAAGAAGCAACAGAAAAAUCCUCGCAUUCGCCCUGAUAACGAUCCAGAAUUUCAACAGGUCGUCAAGGACGGCAAAAUCAUCUAUAAAUGCUUGAAAGAGCAGAAAGCAGCGUACACCAGCAUAAACAAACCAACAGGCAUCAAAAGCGAUCCAAUCGCUUGCUGUGCCCAGGCUGUGGCCAUUAAACCAGGAAAAUCUCGAGUUGUUCCACCCGCGAAUUCGGCCACCGGCACCUUCGCGGUAUCGCCCCCGGGCCCGGUCAACGUACCUCAAGAACCAUUCACACCCCGAGGGACAGGACUCGGGCCAGCGGCCCAGCGAACCCCACCCCUGUUUGUACCCGAGUCGAAUUUUUUUUCCGGCCCCACCGCGCAACCCGUUGUUCAGGCCCCCAAACUGAACUCUAUGACUCAGAAGGUUACACCCUUCACGCAGAACGUUCUAUCUCUGCCCGAUGUGGGAUCCAGUGUCCAGGCAUCGCAUGAACAACGCUCCACACCCCAACAAUCCUCUGGUAUGCCCCUCGUGCCGAUUACCGAUCAAGAGGGGGAAGGUGACAUGAACCUUUUUGGCUCACCGGUCUCUCUCGCACUCCCCGAUCACGGAUACUCAGCCCUUGAUUCAGUUGUACCUGCACCUUCCACUUCCAAAUUUGACGCUUCGGAGUCUUAUUGGGAUUGGUACAAGAGGCUGGAGCAACCGGUUCACGGAGAUUUCAUUUCGAUGUACUAA